AUGAACCAUAUUGAUGUGUGCAAAAAGUACCGUCUUAGAAAGACCGAUCUAUGUGGAGUCUAUUCCAGAUCGCCAUGGAGAAGUGACACAAAUGGUGAAAAAAACUGCACUGAACGUAGAAGGAUGAACCAUCAAGGGGAUGGAAGUAAAAGUGGGUCAGCUUCCAAACAAAAAGAAAAAGGGUUAGAUGGACAGAAAAAAAAAAACUCCUUUCCCCCAGUCGGCACAUUUCUCAAUAGUUCUAUUCUGGACAAAGGAAUUGAAACAAUUUGGAAUUCUCUAAAAAGGGAUGAAGAUAAUUCCGUGGAUUUGUUCAACGUGGAUGUUUAUUCAUCUUUGACAGAAAGGGGAAAAGAAAAAUUUCAAAAAGUUAUUUUACCCUACCUCUUACACAAUGCACAGAAGGUGGAUGAACUAAAAAAUAUUUUAUUUGAAGAUGAGGCUAAUCCAAGUGGUGAGUUCCAUUUUAAGAAUGUGUGUCAGGUGAAGAGAGUAGCUAACGAGAAUGACUUGUGUUUGCUGGCAAAAUGGGAAGGGGGAAGUAGGCUGCAGAUGAAGACCCCUCCCCCUGAAAUGUUGAUUAUAUCGAGAAAGGCGUUUUUUAAAAUAAUACAGAAGGAAUGCUUUGUUAAAGAUGGACCAGAACAUAAGAAUGAGGUGUUACUCAGGACGAUCCAACAAAUGUGGAAAUAUAAGGAGGUGUUUUUUUCCAAUAAUGAGGAGAAUGCCCUUCUAAGGGGGGACAUUUCAGAGAGGUAUUUUACCCUUUCUGAUUGGAAGAAGUGGAGCGAGCCGAGCUACAAAACAGGAGAACCUCCUCUCUUAGGGGAAGACUACCAUGUGAUGGAAAACGAAAAUAUGCUCAAUGAUGUCAUCCACGAGAGCAUAAUGCUGAUGUCAAAAAAUAGUGGACUGAGACGUAGCACAGAGGAGGAGGACCCCAAAAAAGGAGACCUAUCAAAGGGCACACUUAAGAGGAGAAAAUUCACUCAAAUGGGGGGUUCAAGAAGGGAAAAGAAAUGCGUCGACCCGAUGGGCAUAUUGAAGGCAUUCCUAAAAAAGGACUCCAUCGGGGUAGGGCACAACGACGCGCUAAGAGAACUGCGUGAAUGCACGUUUCAGCCGAAUGUUCGCAAGUUUGUGGAAGCCGAAGUGGGCCACGUGGCACGGGAAAAAGUGCUCCAGAGGGGGGAAAAAAGCGAGAUGCACAUCAAAGCGGAUAUGGACGCAAACGUCGAUGCAAAAACCGAGCGAGAGGAUCUGUUCAAACAGGCGGGUGGUCACAUAACAAGCGAUGUGCACAAACGCCUGUUGGAAGAGUCCUCAGCCCAGCAUGCAAAUCGAGGGAUGGAAGAUGAGCGCGUCGCGAAGUAUCUGCAAAUGUGCUGUCUGUCGUACGGGGUUGAUAUGGAAAAAGAGUCCAAACAGAGUACAUAUAAGCGUCACGAUACUACGCGGCAACCAACGCAUAGAGAGAGCAGGAAGAUAUGGCGAAGCAGGACACCAAAGGUGAGUAGUUACACUUUCGAAGCAAGCAUGAUGGGUGCGCGAAAAAAUGCUAAUGUUAGAACUCCUAAUGGGAAAAAUGCCUGGAUUGAUGGGCUCCGCGGAGGCUACAUAAGUAAUUACUUUAACUUCUCAGUUGUGGAUAAAAAUGGUGCACUGUGUGGGUUGGGUGCUUGCAAACACGACUACAGUAGGGACAUACGAUUGCAUGGCAGAAGGCUAAAAACGAAAGUUAUACCUAAUGUGGACUUAUCGAACAACAUGCUUCGUUCACCUUUUUCAAAUGCAAAUUGCCUUGCCGAGGGGGUGGAUACUCCUGGGGGUUCGCUCAUCCCAAGUCGUAAUACCUGGGUUGAUGAUGGCAGGAACAAAAUUGACGGCGAUAGGACCAUCAGGCGUGGUGAGAAAAAAAAAUCACCAUCCAGGGCUAGUCAACCUUUUCUUCCGCUUCACAACAGUCAACUGACAACUGCAAAAUGGGAAUCUCAAAAUGUGAGAGCUGAGGGGAGCAACCAGCUGGCCGGAAAAAUAACCGGAGGGUGUUCUUCGUUUGCGCCAAGUGACCCUCCGAAGGUCAUUGCGGUGAAGUGGGAAAAGUCACUGGACGAUAUGGAGAAAGAGCUGUUGUGCUUGCCCCAGUCGGUCCGCUUCGUACAGAUUUGUUAA